AUGAAAGACAUUCAAGUGAACACGGAUCCUACACUUUCUCGUAAGGAAUUCUAUGCAGAGUUAUUGGAACAAGUACAAAGUAUUUGUGAGGACCAAACUUUCUGGGUGACGAAUUUGUCGAAUGCCUCCACGGUUAUUUACCAUGGGUUAAUUUCCUUGCAACAUUUCCAAGAAAAGCCCAUCAAUUGGUGUGGGUUUUAUAUUACUAACCCCAAGAACAACCAACAAUUGAUUUUAGGUCCUUUCCAAGGCAAGGUUGCUUGUACUGUGAUUCCUUUUGGUAAAGGGGUAUGUGGAGCAGCUGCUAGUACGGGAGAAAGUCAAGUUGUUGCUGACGUACAUCAAUUCCCUGGUCAUAUUGCUUGUGAUUCAGCCUCAAAUUCGGAAGUCGUGAUUCCAUUGAUCAAGGAUAGUCGUGUGUUGGGUGUUUUAGAUAUCGAUUGUGAAAAGAUCGAGGGUUUUUGUGACGAUGAUAAGGAAGGAUUGGAGGCAAUUGCUAAAGUCAUUGUGGAUUCUUGUGAAUGGCCCUGA